AACCAAUACGACGACGGCCUGAUUGCUGUGAAAUCAGCGAUCGCCUACUCCACGUCUCCACUGCGCAUAAUCAUCAUCACUGAUGACAUUGGGCAGAAAGAUAUGCUUAAAGAGGUUGGUUCGUGGCCACAAGAGAUCACACGGCGUGUUCGCGUCUACAUCCAGCCCCUUCGGCUCCCUGGCACGUACAAGUUGGCGAAGACGCUGGGACCGUGCGCGGCGCAGGAAAUGUUUCUUGCGAGCGCACUUCCGCAAGAGGACGCAGUCAUCUACGCGAGCGCCGAAAUGGUGUUCCUUCACCCGGUGGAGAACCUGUGGGGGAUACUUGCCGCCAUGGACGCACUCCACGUGACCGCCAUGGCGCCAGAAACGGAGAGCGCUGUCCGCAUGUGGUACGAGGUCAUGAGAAAGCAACCGCCGCCGCUCCCUUUCGGUAUGACCUCGGGCCUGGUGCUCAUGAACCUGACGCGCAUGCGUGAGUUGGGCCUGGAGCGACGCCUGACGGAACUCGACCGAGAGACUGCGGCGCCCGUGCGUAAAGGGGAUAUGUUGAGCAACCUCUUCACUGGGCGCCCCGAAGCUCUGCGGACAUUCACUUGCUGCUGGCACUUCCACUCGGGCCACUGCAACGGAUCCGCGCUGUGCAUAGACGGGCCGGUGGCCGCUGUUCGUGGAUCGCAACAAGUCCCGGCCUUCGCUGCGCUGCGUGACGCCAUGCGAGAGUAUGUGCUGGGCGGCAGCCUCGAGAAAGAGUUCAUCCGUCCACUGAGCGCGCGCCUCCACGAUAUGACGCCGUCCAACUGCUCAAUGCACUUCAAGAGGCAACUGCCCAUAUGGCUGCAAGUGGCCCGCCACGUCGACAACGAGUCGGUGCCGAUAACUCUCGACCACAACCUCUUGCGCUUUCAACGCCCGCCACUACGGGGACAGUGAAGGCGGAUCGAGGCGAUCGGACCACGUGACGGGUCGAGGCGAGCUUCCACCUCCUCGACAGUGCGGCCGUUCUCAAAGGAGGACGCAUAUGUUUGGAAGCGUUAUGUGCUGCGCUCGCGCUGUAAAAAUUCCGUUCACUCUUAAAAGAGAACACUUAUUAUUUUUUAUACGCCCCUGCUGAAGAC